UUCAAAGAUUUAAUCGAUUCGUUUGGUGUAUAGAAUGAAGUAGGCGACAUUUAAGAACCAAAGACUGAGAGCUCUCUGGGUUUGUGAAUAUGUCACAUUCAAGCCUCGCUCCUCAUCUGCAUACAGAAGAGUGUAACAAGUAUAUCGACGCUUACAAAGACUGUCAAGCGGACUUGUGGAAAAAGUUCACCAACAAAUGCUCUCCACAAUUUGAGUGCAUGAGGAAGUGCUUAAGGAGAGAACGUGAAUUCAAAAGGAAGAACCACAAGCUGCGUAUCCAUGCUACAGAUUCAUUCCAGGGCCCAAAAAGUCAAUAGUGUUAUAGUUUAAACUGUUAGUCAAUAUUUGUUAUCAUCAAAAUUUAACCAUGGCAUCAUCUGUGCAGCCGGAAUUAACUGUUUCUCAACUUCCUCAGAAGAAAUUUUAUCGCCAAAGAGCCCACUCCAAUCCAAUGUCGGACCACAGUUUUGAGUAUCCAGUCAGGCCAUCAGAUAUGAACUGGCAUGAAUGUUAUCCUGAAUUUUUCAAGCCUAAGACGGAUAAUGAUUGUCAUGAUGAUAUGAAAGAUUCAAUUGAGGGUGGCAAUAAGUAUCAGGUUGAGUUUGCUGAUAUUGGGUGUGGUUACGGUGGGCUGCUGGUUGAUUUGUCUCCCUUGUUUCCGGACAAGCUUAUGCUUGGACUUGAAAUACGCGUAAAAGUAUCCGACUAUGUGAAGGAUCGAAUCAAGGCUCUCCGGGAACAGAAUCCUGGAAAGUUUCAAAACAUCGCAUGUAUACGGACCAAUGCAAUGAAAUACCUCCCAAACUUCUUCGAAAAAGGUCAACUGUCCAAGAUGUUUUUUCUCUUUCCUGACCCACAUUUCAAGAAGACAAAACACAAGUGGAGAAUCAUCAGCACCACUCUACUCGCGGAGUACGCCUAUAUUCUCCGAGAGGGCGGUAUUGUAUACACCAUCACCGAUGUCAAGGACCUUCAUGAUUGGAUGGUGGACCACUUCGUGAAGUUUCCACUGUUUAAGAGAAUCGCUGAUGAAGAUCUGAAGGGGGACAUUGUCGUUGAGAAACUGUUCACCAGUACAGAAGAAGGGCAAAAGGUCACACGUAACCAUGGUGAUAAAUUCCUGGCUGUGUUUAGAAGAAUCGCUGAUCCAGCAUUGAAACACUGAAUAAAUUGAUGACGGAAUAUCAUACCAUUGAAAUUUGAAUUACUUUAUGUACUGAUAAAUGCAAUUAUGCAUUUAUUAUGUUAAAAGACCUAUUUCAGCUUUUAUACUCUUUUGUUCAUAUGGAUCGUCUCUCUGUCUGGUAAAGUUUAAGUGUAUUUUUGUUUUUAAGGGGUAGGGUUAGUUUUUGAUGUUGCUCUUAUCUAGUUUUUUUGUCAUUGCAUUUGCUCUAUCUAAUUUUUAUCUAUCUGAAGGAAAAAAUGAAACAUGAAUUGCAACAGUGCACAUGUAAAUAAUGUUUUUCUUGUGAUUAAACAUUUAUGAAA